AAACAUAGAAAAGGAAAAAUUUGAUGUUGCAGAAAAAAAAAUUGAUGAGGUUGAUGCUGCUACUGCUCGGGCAGAAACUGCCCUGGGGACUGACCCGCCCGGGCUGCCUCCUUACCCGACCGGGUCACAGGGGAAAUGUACUGCACAGAUCCCAAACCCGCCCGGGUCUUCCCAAAACCCGCCCGGGUUCCAGCGGCAACCUGCUUCUGCAGCUUCUGCCGGGGGUGCGGCUCGCGCUCCCAAUGUUGUCCCGCCAUCCAAAACUGUUGAUAAGGUUUCCGAGGCCGGUUUGGAAGAUGCCGAAAGGGUUGUGAUGCAUGAAAAAGAUUUGAAGUUAAAUGACGUUGUCAUCAAAUGUGCGGUCAUAAACGGUAAGACACUCAAGCUAGCUGUGAAACCAUUUAAGUUCGUGCACGCGAGUGUGAUUAGAGUGGAUACCUCCCUUCGACUUACAGACGAUUUGGAUAGAAAAGGCCUUACUUUCACAGCCAAUUGUCUCGAGGGGAUGCCGGGAGUUACUAAGAAAAAAGGUGAGGUUUGUUUCGACUCAAAGUUCACUUAUCCUUUCCGAGCUUUCUUUGGACUUUAGAUUAGGAACUCCUAAUAUUCUGUUGUAGUAGCUUGAUUUUUUGUGUGAACUUUAUUUAUGAUCCUACUGUAUUUGGGUCUAAAAUGUUGAUUUGUGAGGAGGGAAUGUUUGAUUUUGUGGUAUCCUAUUUACUGGGAUAUGCACUUUGCUUGUAACAUUGAAUUGUUAUUUUUC